AUGCCUGGCAGACCAAAGAUAAACAGGAAGAAAUGUAUUUCAGAAAGAAGUGACAACACACUAUUAGCAAAGUUGGGACCACUUCUAAAUGCAGUUUAUGUUCCCAACCAGGGACAAGGACAGGGACAGGGUCAAGGGCAAGGACAGGGCCAAGGACAAGGACAGGGCCAUAUGGCAGCUGAGGAUGUUGGAUUUGAUUUAGAGGGGGAGGUUGGAGGUGAUUCAGAGGAAGAAGUUGGAGGUGAUUCAGAGGAUGAUUUAGAGGUGGAGGUUGAACAAGUGGUUGAUGAAGAAGUGGUUGCUCCAACUUUGAAAAGGAGAAAGUGUGGUCCUUCUCAGAGGAACACAAAACUUAGGUCGAGGAGGAAAGUGGUGACCAAGGAUGAUACAGGGGGAAGUCUUGAAAAUCCUCUCACACUCUAG